AUGCUCAAGACGUUUGAAUCCAUCACCGACGAUGACGGCCGCGUCAAGGCCUGGCUUCCUUAUUCGGGCGACCACUCGUCGGGCGAGGUCCCCAUCUACACUCUCGACGAUGUCCUGAGCGAGCUCCAACACCUCCCUUCAUCGACCUGGACCCUCAAAUUCGAUACCGCCGGAUACUUUGGCGUAGAUAACACCUUCUUCCCCGAGGUUUCCGUCUCCUUCACUUUGAAGGGCGAUGGCCACUACCACGUUCCUUUGCUCCUGUCGCCGUACUCAUACACUACCUACCGGGAAGCUAAGCAUCCGCCACGUCCGCACGAUUGCAAUACGGAAGACUCUAGGGCGGAAUACUCGCUAGGGCUGGAGUCGCGGACUCGCGGCUGGGGAAAAUCUUGA